CCAAAACACAACCGACAGAGGCAAGAGGGCGGUGACACCGGAAAAUAAACCAGAUCACAGUUGAACAGGACCAGGAAGAAAGACGGCGUGAGAAGCACCAGUAAAGGUGAGCCAAGAUGGGGGCUUUUGCUAGCCUUUUUAAAAACAUGUUUGGCAAGAAAGAAAUGAGGAUCCUGAUGGUGGGACUGGAUGCUGCUGGAAAGACCACCAUCCUGUACAAGCUCAAACUGGGAGAAAUCGUUACCACAAUCCCUACCAUCGGUUUUAACGUGGAGACGGUAUCGUACAAGAACAUCAGUUUUACAGUGUGGGAUGUCGGUGGUCAGGACAAGAUCAGGCCACUCUGGAGGCAUUACUUCCAGAACACGGAAGGCAUUAUCUUUGUAGUGGACAGCAACGACAAGGAGCGAGUCGGUGAGGCGAAGGACGAGCUGAUGCGAAUGCUGGCUGAGGACGAGCUGAAUGACGCCGUGCUGCUCGUGUUUGCCAACAAACAGGACCUUCCCAAUGCCAUGAAUUCAGCCGAGGUCACGGAGCAGCUGGGCCUGCAAACCCUGCGUGGGCGAGAGUGGUACAUCCAGGCCACGUGUGCCACUGGUGGAGACGGUCUCUACGAGGGUCUCGACUGGCUCUCCACCCGGCUAAAGAAAGGCAAAUGAUCCGUCCCUCCACCUCCCGCCUGCGAUGGUAGACUCUACUGGUCCUGGUCUCAUUCUGUACUGGUCCUACUCUCAUUCUCUCCUUUCCUCUCUUUUCUCUGAAGCCUUGGACCUUUGGGCCAGUGCUCCUUAGCAUCUGUGUACUGUCGGAGUGUGUAUCUUGGAUGGGUGAAUGUGAGUGGGAUCAGCCAUGUUGUUCUCCACAAAUGACAGUUCUGUGUAAAUGCGUUUUGGCGCAUUUAAGUUUCGACUGUUGCAGUGAACACUGGAUACUUUAUAUCUUUCCCCAUUUGUUAAAUCAUUUCUUCAGCUUUCAAAUUCAUGUUCUCCCUCUUUUCUAACCAGGUGGCUUUGUGUUUUACACAAAGAUCCAU